AGAGUUUAGUUGCCGCACACACCUCCAGCCUGGGAGGAGGAGGAGGAGGAGGACCUCGGUGCUGUGUAAUGAGCUCACCCCAAAACCCGCCCAGGAGCCAGAGAAAACAAGGAAACUGAAAGAGGAACAGGCGACAGCGGGGCUCAACUCAGCCUGCACCGGUCACAAUGGAGCCUUAGAGGAAGAAGAAGAGAGGAGUGGUACCAGCACCAUCAGCGGGGGAACACACUGCUACAGGUGAAACAUGGCAAGACAAAUGUUUGAUUUGGAUGAGCCACAGACGCUCGAAAAUUAUUUCAGGACUAAUACGAUGGGUGUAUAUGAUGAACAAAUUUUGAUGCCCCAUGAACAUCAUAUUCGACCAGUAGAUGGGCCAUACCUUGAAGUAACUGAGCAGCCUAAACAGAGAGGGUUUCGCUUCCGAUAUGUGUGUGAAGGACCAUCCCAUGGAGGCCUGCCUGGAGCUUCCAGUGAGAAAAACAAGAAAUCCUAUCCACAGAUUAAGAUCUACAAUUACAAUGGCCAUGCUAAAAUCAUUGUCCAGCUAGUAACCAAUGGCAAAGAUGUCCGGCUACAUGCCCACAGCCUGGUAGGGAGGCAUUGUGAAGAUGGAGUUUGUUCAAUAAAUAUGGGUCCUAAAGACAUGGUAAUUGGGUUCCCCAAUCUAGGAAUUCUUCAUGUCACAAAGAAAAAAGUGAUUGAGAUACUGGAAAGGCGUAUGAUUGACGCUUUUAAGAAGGGAUACAACGCUGGUCUUUUGGUUCAUCCUGAGUUAAAUUACCAGUAUUUGGGAGAUAGGACACUCACUGAGCGAGAAAAAGAGAUUAUUCGUCAAGCAGCUUAUCAGCAAUCGAAAGACAUAGACCUGAGCGUGGUACGACUUAUGUUCACUGCUUUCCUACCUGAUAGCAAUGGAAGCUUCACAAGAAGAUUGGAACCUGUUAUAUCAGUCCCUAUCUAUGAUAGCAAAGCUCCAAAUGCUUCUAAUUUGAAAAUUGUGAGAAUGGAUAGGACCUCUGGCUGUGUGACGGGAGGUGAAGAGAUUUAUCUUCUAUGUGACAAAGUUCAAAAGGAUGACAUUCAAAUACGUUUUUAUGAAGAAGAUGAGAAUGGCCAUAUUUGGGAAGGAUUUGGGGACUUUUCACCUACAGAUGUUCACAGGCAGUUUGCCAUUGUAUUUAAAACUCCUAAAUACAGAGAUCCCAAUAUUUUAAAACCUGUUUCUGUGUUUGUUCAACUCCGGAGAAAGUCAGAUUUUGAGACCAGUGAGCCCAAACCAUUUCUGUAUUAUCCAGAAAUUAAAGACAAAGAGGAAGUUCUUCGAAAGCGUCUAAAACUUAUGCCUAACUUUUCUGAUGGGUUUGGUGGAAGUGGAGCUGGAUCUGGAGGCAGCGGCAGCGGUGGAGGAGGUGGUGGCAGUAUGUACGGUGGUGCAGGAGCAUCCGGAUCUGGUGGUGGUUAUAAUUAUUCCACAUUCAACUACACCAAUAAUUAUGGAGGACUGAAUUUUCAAGUCGGCACAAUGAACUCCAACACAGUUUUACAGCCCCAGUGCGAAGGAGUCCAGGAAGAGACUGAAGCCUUGUGCUCCAAGCAUAAACAGAAAUGCUUGGAGGCUUUGAUCACAGAAGGUGAUGUGCAAACAGAACUUACACUAGAAGAAAUCUGCAAAGUACCAGGUUGUCACUUCCUGGAGAAGGCCAUGCAAGUUGCUAAGUACCAUGCUGACUCCCUUUUCGACUAUGCUGUGACAGGAGAUGUAAAAAUGCUACUGGCAGUACAGCGCCACCUAGCUGCAGCUCAAGAUGAAAAUGGGGAUAAUGUCCUUCAUCUUUCUAUUAUUCACCUUCAUGCUGCACUGGUUAAGAUCUUUCUGGAAAUAACGUCUGGGGUCAUAUGUGAAGAGAUUAUCAAUGUGCGAAAUGAUCUUCAUCAGACUCCUUUGCAUUUGGCUGUCAUCACUUGUCAAUCUGAUGUAGUUGAAGUUAUUCUGAAAGCAGGAGGAGAUCCAUUAAUGUUAGAUCGUAAUGGGAAUUCUGUCCUGCACCUUGCAUGUAAGGAAGGGGAUGCAACCACUCUUAGCAUUCUUCUUAAACACCCCAAAUUAACUGAGAUUAUCAAUCUUCCCAACAACGACGGCUUAAGCGCAGUGCACACUGCAGUGAUUGCAAACAGCAUGGGCUGUCUUCGACAAUUAAUAUUAGUGAGGGCAGAUGUGGAUGCCCAGGAGCGGAAGUCAGGGAGAACCCCUUUGCAUUUUGCUGUUGAACAGGACAACAUCUCUCUGGCGGGCUGUAUUAUUCUUGAGGGAGAUGCCUGUGUAGAUAGUACAACGUAUGAUGGGAGCACCCCGCUUCAUAUAGCUGCUGGCAGAGGUUCUACAAAACUCACAGCUCUCUUGAAAGCAGCAGGUGCGGACUCAUUCAUUGAAAACUGUGAACCACUAUAUAACCCUGAGGACAUGGAUGAGAAUGAUAUAGAUGAAGGCAUUGUUCCUGGAACAAAACCAACAGACAUGGCAAUCAAUGACGAGGUGCUGGAAAUACUGAAUGGAAAGCCAUACACAACAGAGUUUUCGUCCGCUUGCCCACAAGGAGACUUGAAAGACCUCAGUGAGGAGACGAAACAGAAGCUGUAUACCUUGUUACAAAGUGAAGACACGGACAAGAACUGGUCCACUUUGGCACAAAACCUUGGCCUGGGAAUACUGAACAAUGCUUUCAGGUUAAGUCCUCAGCCUCCCAAAACCUUACUGGACAAUUUUGAGGUAUCUGGAGGAACGAUCUCCGAACUUUUAGCUGCCUUAAAAGUGAUGUCAUUCACAGAAGCUAUUGAAAUCAUUGAAGAGUCACAGCCAAGCCAUUCUGAUGUAUCCCAAGAGGAUGAUCCUUCUGCUGAAAUCUCUCAGGAACAAGGUGAUUGUGAUCAUCAUAGAGGACCAUCUGAUGAGUACACGCAACAGUAUAAUGACAGUUUGUGUGACAGCGGAGUAGAGACAUCCUUCAAAAAGCUGAGCCUUUCAUAUUGUGAACUGCAGAAAGCAGAGAAUGAACACUUGGCCCCUCUUUCUGAACUCAUCUGCAACAACUGAUGUUCACACAGAAAAGACUAAACUUUUAGGCAUAUUUAUAGUAUGGUAAAACACUGGUCUCACAAGGAAUGUCAAUGUUACACAAAAAAUGCCAGCAACAGUGAGAAAAGGCUGGU